AAUCUAUAGAGUCCGAAAAGGACCACUCAUCUCCAAGAUGUCGCGUCUUGCUGUCGUCGUUUUGGGCCUUCUGGCCGCCACCCUGGUAGCGGCCCUGCCCGCAACCAAGGUCGUCAACCCCAUGCAGGUCAUCCGCCGUGGCCCUCCUCCUCCUCCAAAGCAGUUUGGACCUGCCAGGGCUCACACCACCCAAUAUUUCACGCAGAGAUUGGACCACUUUGAUGCUUUCAAUAAUGCUACGUGGCAGCAGCGAUACUUCAUUUCCACUAAUGCUUACACCCCUGGAGCACCCGUCUUUCUGUACCUGGCAGGCGAAUGGGAGGCCGACCCUGGCGAGGUUGAGUUCACCUUUGUUGGCCAACUCGCUAACAAUUUCAAUGGCUUCACAAUUGAUCUUGAGCACAGAUACUAUGGACAGAGCCGACCUACUCCAGACACAAGUUCCGCCAACCUGAAGUACCUGAGCGUCGACCAAGCCCUGGAGGACGCUGCCACCUUCGCCCUUAGCUUGAAGGAAUCGCUCGGUCUCAACGGCCCGUGGAUCGUGGUCGGAGGUUCGUACUCGGCUAACAUGGCAGCGUGGGCUCGCGGCCGCUAUCCACACAUCUUCUACGGAGCCUACGCUUCCAGUGCUCCAAUUUUGGCGCAACUCGACUUCCCCGAGUACAUGGAAGUCGUCAACGAGGCCCUUGUGGCCACCGACCCUGCCUGUCCGGCUGUUAUUCAGGCUUCCACUGAUGAACUUGACGCACUCAUUGAGGCCGGAGACUCUGCAACUAUCACCCAGCUCUUCAACUUGUUCUAUCCCAUCGACUUGGCCAACCAAGACGACGUGAUGAACUUGAGGGCUACCAUUUCCUACCUGUUCGCGGGAGAGGUUCAGUACGCCAGGGGUGGAAAUUUGGUGACACUUUGCCAAACCAUCGUUGCCGGACAAAGUACUCCUCUGCAAACCGUUGCUCAGUACUGGAACGACUACUUCGGUGGAGCGCAACUUGACAUCACGGCCAAGGCCAUGUUCGACUAUUACAGGGACGACAUCCAGUACUCAGGAGACGUCACACGUCAAUGGGUGUACCAGACCGCCACUGAAUUCGGCUAUUACCAGAGUUUGAGCUCCCCCAACCAACCCUUUGGCCAAAACGUACCCUUGUCCUUCUCCAUUCUUUUCAACCUUGAAGUUUAUGGACCAGAAUUCACGCAGGAAGUGUCUCAGUCUGGCGUUGACCGUUCCAACCUUGAGUAUGGCGGUCUCAACCCUGAAAUAACCAGGGUCAUCUACACCCAUGGCAGUCUUGACCCCUGGCACGCCCUUGGACGCGAGACCGAUCUGAAUCCAGACUCGCCAGUCAUCAUGAUUGACGGUCACUCGCAUUGCAGGGACCUUGGAAGUUCCAGAUUGGAUGACGAGCCAGUACUUCUUAACGCCAGACAGCGCGUCAUCGACAUUAUUGCUACCUGGUUGGUGUAGUAAGCAAAAAAAAAAAAAAAAAAAAUGUAACACAGAGAAAAUUUGGAACAAAUUCUGUCAUUUUAUUAUCCUUUAUAUCCAUAGUCUCAUUUCAAGGACUGAAAAAUGCUUGAUAAACAAUUCAAAAAAUCUUA